AUGGGCUUACCCAAAGUAUUCCAUGCAGUGUGCUUCAAUCAAUCCACCUGCACCGAUGACACGUCACUUCACAAAGUGCAGUUAUGGCAAGCAAUCUGUAAUAUAGAACGGCUGAUUGGCAUGAUCCUAAAUCUUCCCCCAGGGACAGCACGGUAUCAACUUACAGCUGCUGCUCCACUUAAUGCCGAUGGCAGCAUCCACCUCACAACUUAUCUCACCAGACUUUUGGAUAUUUCUAUCAAGGUUUAUGAUUUGGAAGAAUUCAGUGCUACACAUGAAUCCAGUAUGAAAAGGCAGAUGGCCGCUCUGGAGAUGGCACAGGCCCUCGGAGAACUCGCGGGCCAGGCACCAGAUACAUGGUGGGCAGGCGAUGAGCGAGACCACAUAACACCAGAGGAUAUCGUACAAUUUCUACAUUGCUGUGUCCUCAUGAGAGUCUAUCUACCAUUUGCGCUGAAGCAGAACCUCCGAGAUGAGCUCGUGUAUGCUCGGCUACCGUGCAUGAAUGCUUGUGAAGCAGUGGCACGCCGGUAUCUAGUACUGAGAAGAAAGCUUCCCGCAGGCUUGUUCAUGUCUCGAGUUUUAGAUCUACAGGCCCUUACAGCAGCGUCCGUACUCCUCCUCCUUUCCCAUCAUGUCCGCUCAACAGACCGUCAUAGUUUCCGUGUCGAUAUAAGCCACCUCCACGGAGUAGUCUCGGACAUCAUCACUUUAAUCGGCGAAAGGGCGAGAGACCCGACGAAUUCAGACCUCGCAGUAGAGGCAUAUAAUACUCUUCGUGCUCUGGACCAACUCCUUCGUCAAGACGACCACACUGGCGAGGUUGAAAGAUUAACAGUUACAGUGCCGUUACUGGGGAAGAUACAUGUUCGACGUAACGCCCGCUCAGCUCCGCAACCCAGGGUAGCCAACCAGCCGUCGUCUCAGCUAGAGUCAAAUAUGGGUAUUCAGACGUGGAUUUCUGCAUCACAUCCACUAGAGGGUCAAUCCAGCCUCGGCACGAACAUACCCGUAAACGAGGCCGAUCCAAGUCCCGACGAAUGGCGACUGACUGACCUUUCCUGGUCAGUUGAAGGCAGCCUUGAUAACCUACUCGAGGAUGCUUUCUUGAGCGAAAGUAUUGGGCAGUACGUAGACAUUUAA